CUUCUACAUUUCAGACUAAGUCUUGGCGCUUAAUCCCCCAUUCUUUUUCUUUUCCAUGAGAAUUCCCUCUCCAAUCUCGAAGAAACAGAGAAAUUGAGGGCAGAUCGAUCAUGUUUGGGAGAGUAAGAGCACCCUCGUCAUCGCCGGAAAGCUUGGAACGGCCACCUCCCAAGAUCAUCAAAGACGAUCCUCUUUCUGUAUACGAGGCUACACUUAUGAAGCUUAGAGUAGGUUCCCAACGUCAUCUACAUUCACUUCCUGAGGCUGCAAGAGAUGUAGAUGGUGAUUGUUCUUCUGUUACUGUUUCAGAAUCUCCUACGAGUCCAAGCUCACCAUGUGCGGAGAUGAUGACUAUAGAAUCAAAUCAUAUCAGUGCAAAUCUCUUAAGGAGUUCUGAAAAUGUUUCAUUGAAUGAGGAGGUGAUAAUGAUGGAUACAGAUGAUUCUGUUGAAAGGCGGGAGGAAUUGGAAUCCAUUAGUUCUUUCCCUGUUAACCAGAUACAUGAUCAAGUUGUGCUCUUGAGACGGAAGGAUGCAAACAAUAUCGCUUAAUUUUUUAAUUUUACCUUGAUCUUAUGCUAAGUUUUGCUGGAAUUAUUCAGGAUUCUGGGAGCUUGAACUGAAGAAGUGAAGUUGGCCGAGAAAAAACUGAAGCAGUGAAGAUGAAAGGGCCUUCAAUAUUGAGUUCAAUGUGUAACCAGCUUAGCAUUUCACCAGAAGUUCAGCCACAUUGGAGGAGUAAGGUUGGGAAUUUAUCGGGAUUGGUUACAUGUAUAAUUGAAAAGUUAGGCAUUUAUUAGAAGGGUAUCAAAGCAUUCGCACAAAAAUUCGACAGAAUUAGCAUAAUUGGCAGCCGGGAUAGAAUUCUUUGCCUAAUUUGAGGCUUUCCUGCUCUUUCCAUGAUCUGUUGUAUUUUAUUUUAUUUUUUUUUAUCGGCUUUCAUUUAAAA